AUGUCGCAGACCGGCCUCGUCCUCGGCUACAAUGCCAUCCACCCAUUUGGCCAGGUCGACCUGAGCAAAGGCGACCGCGCCUCCGUCCAAGCGCUGCUGCGCGCCCUGCUCGAUCCGCUGGAGCCGUUUUUCUCGCCCACCAAAGCCCGCAUCCGCUGUCCCGGCGGCACGGCCGUCCGCUUCGACCAGACUGCGUCCGAGGUGGAGGGCUUCAGCCGCCCGCUCUGGGGACUGGCGUGUCUGCUUGCCGGCGGCGGCGACUACCGCGGCACGCAGUGGUGGGUCGACGGCCUGAAAGCCGGCACGGACCCGGAGAGCCCCGAGUUCUGGGGGUUCGCGCACGACAACGACCAGCGCAUGGUCGAGAUGUGUCCGCUGGGCUUUGCGCUGGCGGUGGCGCCCGUGUUCUGGGACUCGUUUGACGCCCGCGCGCGCGCCAACCUGGAAGCCUGGCUCGGCCAUGCGGUCAACGAGAAGAACAUGCCCGACACCAACUGGCUGUGGUUCCGCGUGUUUGCCAACCUCGGCCUCAAGACGAACGGCGGCGCGCACUCGCAGGCGCGCCUCGAGAGCGACAUCCGCCACCUCGACACCUUUUACCGCGGCGGCGGCUGGUCCAACGACGGGCCCGGCGACGUCCACCAGAUGGACUACUACUCGUCGUCGUUUGCCAUUCAAUUUUUGCAGCUGCUGUACGCCAAGCUGGCCGGCGACGACGACCCGGAGCAUGCGGCCGAGUUCAAGCGGCGCGCGCAAGAGUGCGCCCUCGACCUGGCCCAUUACUACGACGCCGAGGGGCGGUCGAUUCCCUUUGGCCGCAGCGUGGGCUACCGCUUCGCCAUGGUGUCCUUUUGGGGUGCGUUGGCGUACGCCGACGUCGAGCUGCCGGCGCCGCUGACGUGGGGCAAGGUCAAGGGUAUCGUCCUGCGGCAUCUGCGGUACUGGCAGACGCAAAACGACAUGUGGAGUUCGUCGGGCACGCUGACUGUUGGGUACUCGUAUCCCAACAUGUAUAUGGCCGAAAAUUACAACAGCCCGGGCAGUCCGUACUGGGCGUGCCUUGCGUUCAUCUGCCUUGCCGUCCCCGAGACACACCCGUUCUGGACGUCGGCCGAGGAGGACCACUGGCCUUCGCUGCCGCUCGUCAAGCCGCUGGUCCACCCGGGCCACAUUAUGAGCAACCACGGCGGCCACUGCAUGCUGCUCUCGUCGGGCCAGGCCUGCAGCUAUCCCAUGAAGGGCACCCACGCCAAGUACGGCGGCUUCGCCUACAGCAGCGCGUUCGGCUACUCCGUGCCGCCCGGUCUGUUUACCCUCGAACAAUACGCCCUGGCCUCCCAACUCGGCUUCUCCGACGACGGUGGCGAGUACUGGAAGACGCGCCGGCUGUCGUCGUACGCGGCCAUUGAGACCCGCGACGACGGACCCGUGCUGGUCUCCGUGUGGGCGCCGUUUUCCGAUGUCACGGUGCGCACCAUUCUCGUGCCGCCCACCGACGCCGCACCCAACUGGCACCUCCGCAUCCACCGCGUUGCUGUCAAGGCGGGCUCGACCGACCGCGCUAUCAUGACGGCCGAUGGCGCCUUUGCGAUCCACAACGAAAACGCCCAGGACGGCCGCUACCUGGGCUUGUACGACGCCGCCACGGGCGAGGGUACCCAGCCGAAGAUUGUCGGCAACUACGACACUCUGACGCCCGACGGCUGGGCCCGCGGCCACGAGGGCGCUUUUUCCGUCUGCCGCGACGCCGGUGCGGUCGGGAUUCGCGCGCUGGAGGCCGCCGGCGCAACGGGCGCCAAGGCCCGCGAGGCCAACCUCGUCAAUGCCGAGCCCAACUCCAACCUCAUCUACAGCCGCACCGUCAUCCCCACAUUGCAGCACACGCUGCAGAGCGGCCAGACGGCCUGGUACGUGACGGCAGUCUACGCCAAACCUGCCGGGCCGCGCGUGGCCGUCGAGUCGUUCCUGGACGGCUGGGCGUCGCCGCCGGCCCUGCCUGCCUGGCUGCAGGCCGAAAUUGCAGAGAACAAGGCGUGA